AUGAAUUGGGGCGCUUUGUCUUUUCCUCUAAGGUCCCUUUCGGAUGUGCUCCGCCGCUCUUGCUGUCGUUCUCAAGAGCUGCGCUGCAUUCGGCUGCUGUGUACCGAUGCCAGCCGAGCAAGACAUGCGGAGUACGGCAUCCGCCACACCAGCGCGCUCGCACGUCAAGCUCAAGGACGCAUCCUCUUGACGAGCCUUGCGAAUUCGCGCGCACCCAGCUUCACAAGGCCUUCGACCUUCGCCUCCCGACUCCGAUACACAAGGCCCUGCAGGCAGCGCAAAUACCUCGACAUGGCUUCCGCAAGCUCCUCGUAUCUCGCUGCAAAGAGCCUGGCCUGGGCCAGCGGCUCUCUGGCUGCCGCCGGCCGAGCCAGACCCUCGUUGCGUCCUGGCAGCCAAGUCGAUGUUCUACAGAUCUUUGUGCCCGGUCUCAGACCUCCCGCCUCAAGCUUCUCGACCGCUGUCACGAAGCACUACCACCAGAGACGCAAGGUUGAAGAGACGCAGGCCCUCCUCCACCGCAGAUUCGUCCGCCAUCAGUCGACGGAAACGCAGCAGCGCUCUUCCACCUCGUCGCAAUCCGGCAAUCACAACUAUCCUCCUCCAGGUACAUUGUCCAAAGAUGCCAAAGCUGCACCUUCUACAAGCUACGAGGGUCAGUCCGCCGGCGCUCCUCCCAAGGCACCCCAGACCAUCAGCCCGCUCCCUGCCUCAACAAACACGGCAGCCGAACUCGGCUCUGCUGCCAAUCAGACCGCCGCAUCACAGACCAUGCUUGCAGAGCAAAAAGAAAAGGAAAAGGAACUCGAGGCACAAAAGCCCAAGGGUCCUCUGGGCGCACGCAUCUGGGCCAAGGUCAAGGAGGAGGCGAUUCACUACUGGCACGGCUCCAAAUUGCUCGCCAAGGAAGUCAGGAUCUCCUGGCGUCUCCUUCGUAGACUCAUGCUAGGCUACAGCUUGACGCGCAGAGAAAGGCGUCAGCUCAAGCGUACCUUUGCCGAUCUGCUGCGUCUCAUCCCCUUUGUGCCCUUCAUCAUCAUCCCUGCCGGUGAGCUCUUGCUGCCCGUAGCCAUCAAGAUCUUCCCCAACAUGCUUCCCAGCACCUUUGAGAGCAAGUUCUCGGUCGAAGAGAAGCGCAGAGGUCUCAUCAAGGUUCGUCUCGAGAUGGCCAAGUUCCUCCAAGAGACCAUCAAGGAAGGCGGUCUGCAGGCUACCGACAAGGUAAAGACAUCCGAAGAGUUCAAGGAGUUCUUCCGCAAAGUGCGCUCGACCGGCGAGUCGCCCAGUAACGACGACAUCAUCAAGGUGGCACAGCUCUUUGAAGACGACCUCACGCUCGACAACCUCACACGUCCACAGCUCGUCAGCGUGUGCAGAUACAUGCAGAUCAACGCCUUCGGCACCGACAACUACCUCCGCUACCAGAUCCGACACAAGCUCAACCGUAUCCGUCAAGACGACAUCGUCAUUGGCCACGAGGGGGUCGAUAACCUUUCGCAGCCCGAGCUUGUCAGUGCUUGCCAGAACCGAGGUAUCCAGACAAUCAACCUCUCCGAGGACCGUCUGCGUCAGGAACUGCAGCAGUGGAUCGAUCUGCACGUCCGAAACAAGAUCAGCGGUACCUUGCUAGUGCUCAGCAAGGCCUUCAACUAUGUUGCCGCCGGCAACAACGACAGCAACGCCCAGUCGCAUCUCCGCAGUCUUGAGCUGACCCUCAGCAGCUUGCCUGACAACCUCGUCAACGAAGCCGAGCUCAGCGUCAACAGCGAAGGCGCCACCAACAAGCAGCGUCUCGAGGUGCUCCAGCAGCAAGAGGAGCUCAUCGAAGACGAAGCCGAGCAGGAGCAAGAGGAAGCUGCUGCACGUGAGGCCGACAAGGAGCGCCGCAACGCCGAAAAGGCCCGACUCGCUCGCGAGGAGGAAGAGGCUCGAUCCUUGCUGCCCAAGAAAGAGACCGACCCUGCUACGGAGGAUGCCCGCAUGACCAACGAGCAGCUCACCGAGCUUGGCGAGGCGCUCAGCAUCCUCAGCGCCAAAUCGUCCGUGCUCAAAGAGCGAGAGGAGCUUCGACAGCUCAUCCAGGAGGUCAGCGGCUCCGAGGCGUCAGCGACCGCUUCCGCAGAGGAGAAAGCCGCCACCACCACAGCAGCCUCUUCGGGUUCCAGCGCAGAGGCUUCCUCUUCGUCUACCACCGACGCUGAGAAGUCCGAGUCCGCUCCAUCGUCGGCCAGCAGCUCUUCUUCGACCCGCAGCAUGACCAAGCGAAUCAAGUCGAUGCUCGAAAAGAUCGACAGCCAGCUCGAAGAGUACGAUCGGGACGUCGGCUCGCGCAUGAACCUCAUCGAAGCCUCGCACACGGGCAAGAUCUCCGUCGACGAUCUCGAGCAGGCGCUGCGACUCAUCAAGCACAAACCUGAGGACGAGGUCAUCGAAAAGAUCGUCGACAAGCUCGAUGUCGAUCACGAUGGUCUGGUGCCGCUCGACGAUGUCCUUGAGUUGGCCAGGGCAGAGACGGGGUUGGGGAUCUUGAGAGAUGAAGGUGUCAAGGAGAUUCAGGCGCAGGGCAAGGAGAUCCGAAAAGGUGACGGACGAAAGCCCAAGAAGAGCGACAUUGUCGAGGAGUGA